AAGUGUCCACACAAUGAGCAGAACACUGAUGACCCUCCUCAUCCUCACUGACUGAUGAAGAGCUGCUGAAUCAAAGCACUUCUACUACACUAAAGGCUCCUCUGUGUGUGUUUACCGCGGUGAAGGCUCUCUCAGCAUCAUGCCUCCUCAGCUGCCGUCUCAGAACCAGCCCAGCGCUCGUGUGCUGCAGGGAGAUCUGGCGUCUCUGAGCGCGUCCCUGCGAGACUUCAUCGAGAGCAGUGUGAAGCUGUGUCAGCCGGACGCUCUGCACAUCUGCGACGGCUCCGAGGAGGAGAACCGCUCCAUUCUGCGUCUCCUGGAGGAGCAGGGGGUCAUCAAGAGACUCAGCAAAUACAACAACUGGUACGAGCGUCUGAUUCACACGAGUAACCUCAAUUUUAAAAAAAUUGAGAAAUGUAUUGAGAAAUGCAUCCUAAUGAUGGUAAAACCCUGUGUAUGUGUGUGUGUGUGUGCAGGUCGUGUGAUGUACAUGAUCCCGUUCAGCAUGGGUCCCGUGGGCUCUGCGCUCUCGAAGAUCGGCGUGGAGCUGACCGACUCUCCGUAUGUAGUGGCCAGCAUGAGGAUCAUGACGCGUGUGGGUGAAGCUGUGCUGAGCGCUCUGGGCAGCGGAGAGUUCGUGCGCUGUCUGCAUUCAGUCGGCUGCCCGCUGCCACUCAAGAGUACGAGCUCUUCAUUCACCUGCUCCAUUACAUUUACAUUUAGUCAUUUAGCAGACACUUUUAUUCAGUGUGUGUUUCUGCAGAUCCUGGGCAUCACUAACCCGGCGGGACAGAAGAAGUACUUCGCAGCGGCGUUCCCGAGCGCCUGUGGAAAGACCAACCUGGCCAUGAUGAAGCCGUCGCUGCCGGGCUGGAAGGUGGAGUGUGUCGGAGACGACAUCGCCUGGAUGAAGUUUGACAAAGACGGCAAUCUCAGAGCCAUCAACCCAGAGAACGGCUUCUUCGGUGUGGCGCCAGGAACCUCCACCAAAACCAACCCGAACGCAAUGGCCACCAUCUACCAGAACACCAUCUUCACCAACGUGGCGGAGACCAGCGACGGCGGUGUGUACUGGGAGGGCAUGGAUGAGGAUCUGCCAGCCGGUGUGACGCUGACCUCCUGGAAGAACCAGCCGUGGACACCGGAGGACGGAGAACCUUGCGCUCAUCCUAACUCACGCUUCUGCACGCCGGCCGCUCAGUGCCCCAUCAUCGACCCGCAGUGGGAGUCUCCCGACGGCGUCCCCAUCGAGGCGGUGAUCUUCGGCGGUCGGCGUCCGCAGGGGGUCCCUCUGGUCUACGAGGCCCUCAGCUGGGCUCACGGAGUGUUUGUGGGAGCCGCGAUGAGAUCCGAAGCCACGGCGGCCGCCGAACACACAGGUGAGAUUACAGUCAAAUCACAUUCAUUUACUCCAUAUAUAUAUAUAUAUUGCAAUAAACUUAUUGCAAAACCUAAAAUAUAUUGUUUCUAUAAC